GUGGUGGGCCGAGUUCUCCUGCUCCAGCUGAUCGAUCACCUGACCCGUGGUUACCUUAGCGACCCGCUGGUGACCCGCCUCCUGAACAGCAGCCGCGUCCACAUCCUGGUUUCCAUGAACCCGGACGGCUUCGAGUCUUCCAGCAGAGACUGCAUGUACUCCCAGGGGAGGUUCAAUAAGAACGGCAUCGAUCUGAACAGAAACUUCCCAGAUGCCUUCUCUAAGAAGGAGAGUGGAGGGCAAGAGAUAGAGGUGAGAGCCAUUAUGGACUGGCUGAAGACUGAGAGCUUCGUCCUGUCGGCUAACCUGCACGGUGGGGCUGUGGUGGCCAGCUACCCCUACGACAACAGCAACGGAG